AUGGUGAACCUUUUAGAGACAAUGCUGAUCCCGUCCCCACCUCAUGUGCCUCUCCCCAGCCCCUCAAUCUUACCCGGGACAGGAGAGAUAAGAAGUGCUCCCAUUGGGCUGCUGAGCAGAGCGGUGGAUGAAGGCAGGAUCUGGGUGGAUGAUGGCCCCAAAGAACAGAUGGGGCUCUUUGGGGCCUGCCUUCGAGGCCCUGCCAAGCCGUGCAGAGCAGGCUACGGCGAGGGUCUGAAAACACCACGAAACAUUAUAGCAGAUGCCUCUGGAAUCCCGCGCCUCCUGUGUGCUGAGGAAUCUUGUAAAUGUAAUGGCUGGAAAAACCCCAACCCCCCGCCCACCCCUCCCCGGGCAGACCUGCAACAGAUCAUCGUCAACCUCACCGAGUCCUGCCGUAGCUGUAGCCACGCUCUCGCUGCUCACGUGUCUCACCUGGAGAAUGUGGCGGAGGAAGAAAUGAACAGACUGCUGGGCAUUGUAUUGGACGUGGAAUAUCUCUUUACGUGUGUUCACAAAGAAGAAGAUGCAGACACCAAACAAGUUUAUUUCUACCUGUUCAAGCUCUUGAGAAAAUGCAUUUUACAAAUGGGGAAACCUGUCGUUGAAGGAUCCUUGGAGAGCCCUCCAUUUGAGAAGCCUAGUAUUGAACAGGGUGUGAAUAAUUUUGUCCAGUACAAGUUUAGUCACCUACCCUCCAAAGAGAGGCAGACGAUCGUUGAGCUGGCCAAGAUGUUCCUAAAUCGCAUCAACUAUUGGCACCUGGAGACGCCGUCUCAACGAAGACUGCGCUCUCCAAACGAUGAUGUCGCAGGAUACAAGGUGAACUAUACCAGGUGGCUGUGCUAUUGCCAUGUGCCUCAGUUCUGUGACAGCCUCCCUCGCUAUGAGACUACCCAGGUGUUUGGGAGGACGCUGCUCCGCUCCGUCUUCACCGUGAUGCGUCGACAGCUGCUGGAACAAGCCCGGCAGGAGAAGGACAAGCUGCCCCUGGAGAAGCGGACGCUCAUCCUCACCCACUUUCCAAAGUUUCUCUCCAUGUUAGAAGAAGAAGUGUAUAGCCAGAGCUCACCUAUCUGGGAUCCCGACUUUCUGACUGCCUCUUCUCGUGCUGGUCAGCUAGGAAUCCAAACAGUCAUCAACCCGCCUCCUGUGGCCAGGACUGUAUCAUACAAUGGGAGCCCUUCCUCUCUGGAGCAGCCAAUCGGAGGAAGCAUGAGUCCUGCUUGCAAAGUCUCUUCUGGACUCGAAGGGAACCGAGGAGAGAAGAGAAAAAUGAAUGACCUUCAUUCCCUGGAGGAGGCCAAGAGACCCAGAGUUGUGGGGGAUAUUCCCAUUGAGUUGAUCAACGAGGUCAUGUCCACCAUUACAGAUCCUGCUGCAAUGCUGGGGCCAGAGACCAACUUUCUGUCAGCACAUUCAGCCCGGGACGAAGCAGCCAGAUUGGAAGAACGCCGAGGAGUGAUAGAAUUCCACGUAGUCGGCAACUCUCUGAAUCAGAAGCCAAACAAAAAGAUCCUGAUGUGGCUGGUCGGCUUACAGAAUGUCUUCUCUCAUCAGCUCCCUAGAAUGCCCAAAGAGUAUAUUACGCGCCUGGUCUUUGACCCUAAGCACAAGACCCUUGCUUUAAUUAAAGAUGGCCGUGUGAUUGGUGGGAUCUGUUUUCGUAUGUUUCCGUCGCAAGGAUUCACGGAGAUUGUCUUCUGUGCUGUAACUUCCAAUGAGCAAGUCAAGGGCUAUGGAACUCACCUCAUGAAUCACCUGAAAGAAUACCAUAUAAAACAUAGCAUCCUGAACUUUCUUACGUAUGCCGAUGAAUAUGCAAUUGGAUACUUCAAGAAACAAGGUUUCUCCAAAGAUAUCAAAGUACCCAAAACCAAAUAUGUAGGCUACAUCAAGGAUUAUGAAGGAGCCACUCUGAUGGGCUGUGAGCUAAACCCAAGGAUCCCAUACACAGAAUUUUCUGUCAUCAUCAAAAAACAGAAGGAGAUAAUUAAGAAGCUCAUAGAAAGGAAGCAAGCCCAGAUUCGAAAGGUCUACCCUGGUCUUUCGUGUUUUAAAGAUGGAGUCCGCCAGAUUCCAAUAGAAAGCAUUCCCGGCAUUAGGGAGACAGGCUGGAAACCAAGUGGAAAAGAAAGAGGCAAAGAGCCCAAAGAUCCCGAUCAGCUUUAUAGCACGUUAAAAAACAUCCUGCAGCAGGUGAAGAGCCAUCAAAGCGCUUGGCCCUUCAUGGAACCCGUGAAGAGAACAGAAGCUCCUGGAUAUUAUGAAGUUAUAAGGUUCCCUAUGGAUCUGAAAACCAUGAGUGAACGACUCAAGAACAGGUACUACGUAUCUAAGAAAUUAUUCAUGGCCGACUUACAGCGGGUGUUUACCAAUUGCAAAGAGUACAACCCCCCCGAGAGCGAAUACUACAAAUGUGCCAAUAUCCUGGAGAAAUUCUUCUUCACCAAAAUUAAGGAAGCUGGAUUAAUUGACAAGUGACAACUUUUUUUUUUCCCCCCCUCCUUCUCCUCCUUUUUAGCAGUUCAUCCAUCAUCAGCCAUGAUGAAUGGAGUUCAGUUUCAAAGGAUUGGGACAAUGUGUUACUUAUACAUGUUUUGACUAGCACUUUUCAAAAAACAACAAAAAAUAAGAAAAACAAACUCCUCUUCUAGCUUUUCAGAUGUGUAUUUAAAUGGAAGUUACAGAACAUUUUUUAUUUUAUGAAAUAGAUUUUACUCUAUUUACUAUUAAUGUACAUUUUCUACGGUAUGUAAUUUAGCAGUCUGUUCAAGUGAUAGGUAAUCAGGGAUUUCCUCCAGGCCUACAUGGGAGGAGAUUUGCACAUAGUACCAAGUUUUGGGGGCUUUGGAAAAAUUUCCAGACCGUGAAUGUCUUUAGCUUGUUUCCUAAUGGAGUGACAGAGUUUAUUUUUAUUUUGUUCAGGAGAACAUUAAGGAAGAGAAGAGUAAUAAAGAAUCCUUUUUUAAAAAAGGUGAAAUACAUUACAUUUGAGGUCUCAUGAUAGACCCUUUAUAAAUAUAUCUAUUUUUAAAAACACUCAUCUAGGUGAGGUGCUGUGAGCAGUUCUGGGGUAUGCCAAUCGGGAGGGAGGCAGCCGAGUCUCUUUGGACAUUCUGUACCGCUAAAAGACUUUUUUCUAAACAUUGGGAUUUUUUUUUUUUUUUUUUUUUUUAUGAUGCUGUCUACCUACAGUAACUUGGGACUUGAUGACCACUAUUUUCCUGUUUCUUUUCUCUGGAUAGAUGGGUCAUGUCCUAUUCUGACUUUGCUCAGGCAGGACAUAAGGUCCUGAAGUGGCCCCCAUAGUGUAGGGUCUCAGCUUCAUAAAUGCUCCCCAUCUAUUUUAGAAAGAUGGUCAUAUUCUUGUUCUGUGAAGUUCAUGAAGAAUUUUAGAAAAAUCUUCCCUCUGGUAUGUUUGGGGGUAUCAGGUUAUUGCGAAAUCCCACCAAAUAAGGUCUCCAGGUGAUGGAUUUGUUGAUGGGAAAUUGAUUUUCUACCAAGCUUUCCAGUCAGUAUUUUAACUACUCUGGUGGUCUCAUGCCCAGAAGCCUAUCCCAUUCCAACUCCUUUCUCGAACCCCUUGUUGCUUUGUCAUUACAUUUCAGCUCAACACUGGGAUUUGUUUACGGAUUACACUACGGGGAAAGUGGUCCAUUUACCAGUCCAGCUCUGGGUAAACCAUCUCCUCCAGAAUAUCAAGGAAGACCAAACUUAAUGUUCUUGACACUAAUUUUUUUUUUUUGAUGGAAAUAUAAACUGAUUUUGUAAAAGACUGAAUCUAAGCCUUUGUUUAUAUUGGGUAGAAAAACCUCCCGAUGACACGAGACUGGGGGUAGAAUUGGCUGUGAAACUGCUACAAAUAAGAGUAUGUGAGGGAAAACGAGUGCGUGGAUUGGUGGCAGAAUUUCGUUGAGCCAAUGUGACGUGGAUGUCCUAUUGGAACGAUGAUCGUUAGUAUGGAAGAGAACUACUUGGCAUACUUGCUCACACUUAAAAGAUGCCUCAAUUUUUUUUUUUUUAAUAAACCAACUUGAAUCUCAUCUACAGAGAUGCAGUUGUAUGACAAUUCCUUGGUACUGGUUUUAAACGUUUUUAAACUGGGCAUUCUGUAACACCUGUUGAGCUUGGUAACCUGUGAAAGUUGGUUAUUUUCUGGGUAGAUUUUCUUAUAUAGUAUUGUCUUUAAAUGAAAUCAGAUUGUCUCUUCUAUAUUGAAAGCAUAAUUUAUGUUUUCUAAUUUAAAAAUUAAUAUUUUCAUAUAGAUAUUGUGCAAUAAAAGCUGAAGUAGAAUGUGUGGUUUUUGCAAAUGCUUUAACAGCGGAUAAAAUUUUACAUUUGUAAAAAUUAAUAUAUUGUACUGGUACAAAAUAGUUUUAAAUUAUAUUUU